AAAAUGUGUACUCCGUUCAGUUGGAGGUGCUGGUGUACUAACGCUGGUUUGCCACGACGUGAAGAAGAAUGGUUGUGAAGAUGGACGCUGAGGUGUUGUUGUUUUUGGUCUCUGAGAAUAAAGAAUUGUUUGACAAAAACCACAGCGAGUACAAAAAUACCAAGCGGAAAGAAGUACUUUGGCAGGGAAUUGCGGACAAAAUGGGUGUCGACGUUGAGGAGGUUAAAGCAAAAUGGAAAAAUCUCAGAGAUACAUACACGAGAAAGAAGCGACUGGAGCAGGAUGGUGGUCGGAAUGGACGGGCUAGUAAGAAAAAGAAACAGUGGAAAUAUAUGAGAGUGAUGGAUUUUCUCGACACAUCUACUACAGAACACAGAAGUGUUUUAUUGAACACCAUCCCCAACAAAAUUGAAGAUGAUGAGCCAGAUGAAGACAGCGGGGUCGAACCAGCCAGCACCAGCACAGGGACAUCCAUGUCGAGUCCAGGAGUCCAGUCCAGUGCUGUAAAACGAAGACAUUCAGGAACACUUGACCUGUUAGAGAGGUAUUUGGUAACCAAAGACGCUAAGGACAAAGAAGAACAACAGCACGAUGAGGUCGAUUUAUUUCUUCGUAGUUUAGCACCUGCGUUGAGGCGCUUGCCUGCUUCAAAACAGUCCUUGGUAAAGCUUCAGAUCCAAAAAAUACUUCACGAUGCAGAGUUUGGCCAACCCAGCUUUCCACAGAUAUCAUCGGUUUCACCAAGUAAUCAGUUGUUACUACAGUGUAGUGUUGUGAAACCCAGUUGAGUUUUUUUAUUUUAUUACAAAUAAAUAACUUCUAAAGGAU